UUCUAUUUCAUUGAUGGCGGAAAAUUUGAAAAUCUUCAUAUAAAAAUCUGUGUUCUAGAUUUCGAAAAUUAUCAUCAUUUAAACGAGUCAAGGAGAAAUCAAAUACUUGUAAGUGUUUUGCAAUGCUUUUGGAAGCAUUUAAUUAUUGUGAUUUAGUAUAUUAUUUCUCCCGAUUCCGUACAAACGUCAAAUAUAAUCUAUAUACUAUAUGGUCAAGUGAAAUGCCGAGAUUCAUGCAAUGCUUUUUUUUAAUACAGUUUGCGAUAUGCGCACUAUGAAAUCACGGUGCGCUUACUGUCAUUAAUUUUCCAGCAUUAGUUUUUUUGGAGAUUGUGUUAUUAUAAUUUUAUAUGGGAACUGGGAAAACUGAAUCAUCAAUCAUGCAUGCACAUCAAUGUCUAUCCCUCGGUCUAUACUAUACAUGCAUGGCAUGACCAUACAUGUAUAGCCCUACCCUGGGGGCGAAGGGCAACUUCGAUCAGCUUACAGUAUUUCAAUUUUCUGUGAUAAAAUGUUAAUCACUAAAGCAGUAAUUUAUACGUACUUUGCAAUGUUUCUUGCCCCCUUUAUCAUAAUUUUUCUCUCAGGCAAUUGGGAGAUUUCAUUUUGUGCUUAAUACAGAACUACUACCUAACAACAUCAGCAAGCCCGGGGACAAUGCACCCUGCCUAUUUAUUUUACUUAUUAUAAACAGUAGUGUUCCACUUUAAUGGGUUAAUAAGUUAGUAAAUAACUGCAGCACAAUUGUAUAUUUAAUAUCUACAGACAUCAAAAUGUUGAGCCGAGCUAUGAACUACUUGAAACGGAAGAGAAGUGACAAGGGAGUCACUACCACUGGUGAGCCAAGUCAGGCAAUAGUUCCUUACAUUCCACAGAGUGAGGUAGGGAAAUAACUAGACAAGUAUGCAAUUUUCUUUGAAAUGCACAUGACCAUGCAUGCACACAUGGAUCAGGCCAACUUGAGAUUAGGACUAAUGAAAGGGAGUACUUGGCAAGCCCCCUCCCCAACUUGAUCUUGCUUGGGGCCCAGGAAUCUCAGAUAUUGCAUGUGCACCCUAAAUUAUAUGGUACAAUAUACGCACAUAUUAAUAUAUUAUAUUAACCUCCUGAAACUGGGAACAAGGACUAGUGAGAAAGGAAAAUACAUUAUUUCAGGGCUGGAUUUUUAUUGCAGCACUCACAGCAAUUGUCGUAGUUCAAAAUGAGAAUGUUGUGGAUCAACUGUGGAUAAUGAUGGCAGUUUUAUGCCGUAGUAUAGAUUUUUAGGGAAUUGGUAUUAAUUAAUAAAAGUAUACAAAGAGAAAUACAUAUACACAAAGGGAAAUAUUAUUCAUUUCACAUCAAUAUUCCUUCACAAUUUACAGUAUAGAUUUUUAUCGUUUUUUUGUAUCAGUGUUUUAAUAUGAAAAAUUCUGCAAUAUUUUAAAAAUUGAAUAAAGAAAGAUUUCUUUGCAGACUUCUAAUAAUUAUUAAUUUAUUAGAAGUCUGCAAAGAAAUCUUUCUUUAUAUUGGGUCGUUCCAGAAAAGAUCCAUACUCCCCCCACAGAGGAAAUUUCUGCCGUCCGGAGGGGGAGGGGAGAAAAAAAAAUUGUUUCUGAUAAUAGUAAAUGUAUUAGGACAUCCGAAGGGGGUAGGGGGUUAACUUCCUAUUUCCUCCGUGGGGGUGGUAUGGAUGUUUUCUGGAAUGACCCAUAAAAAUAUUGCAGAAUUUUUCAUAUUGAAACACCGAUACGAAAAACGAUAGAAAAUCGAUAAAUUGUGAAAAAAAUGUUGAUGUGAAAUGAAUGAUGAUUUCUCUUUGUGUAUAUGUCUUUACUUUUUUCAAAUUUACAAACGUUUCCCUUUUUACCUAUGUAAACACUGACCUCUCUAAGUGCAAAAGAAAUGCAGAAAAAGUAAAUUUCUACCACAAGCUGUCACCCACAAUGCAUCUGGCAUAUUACAUGAAAAAUGCCGUAGAAUUGGCGGGAAUUACUGUGGAGGUUUUUUGUAAAAAUAUGGUGAAAUAUGCUUACCAGAAAGUACCCAGCUUUGGCUUUUGAGCCUCGUUUUCGUGAUUUGAGAUGUUCAGGGUUUAUUAGAGUCAUUUUAACAAGUUACAGGUGGACUAGCUCAUUUACGAAAUCAAUUACACUGUUAUAUUAGAUAAUAGAAAAGACCUUUAUACAGUAUAAUUAGGCCAUCUGUGUAAAGAUAAACGUCUCUAAAGUCGAUAUCUCGUUGCUGAAAACGAAGCUCACUGUAUAUUAUAGUCAUGCAAGGCUACUGUUGGUAUUACUUGCAUGAAAGAGUUAUUCUAGGCCUGCAUUAUUUAGCAUGCAAUAACAGUACACCAGUAACAAUCUGCGGAUGUCUUAUCAAUUUCACUUUACCACGUAAACAGGCACCAAUGCACCAUGCUUUAUUGUUUUUUGCUUUAAAUGUAAAAGAAGGAAGACAGCACUGUGAAAAAAGAGGGAUUAUUUGCAAGAGCUUUUCGCAAAAUUAAAAGACGAAUCUUGCGUGUUUAUCAACCCAAAGUUCCAGCAAUAUGUUUGUGCAAGACUCCAGCCAAUGGGACGAGAACACAGGCAAGAUACGAGAUAACACCACAGCAUGUUGAAAAAGAAUCGAUUAAUCACUUACUGCCAAGGUACAUGGUUAAAUAUUACGAAAAUCAUUGAAGUAAAAUAAAUAUACCGAACAACUAUAUCGGGCGGUAUACUCUAAGACUAAAGGUUAAACUGCUAUUAAAUAAAAAAGCCUACAGUAAACAUUGCAGGAUCGUGAUCUUUGCUCUGUUUGAACCAUACCAAUCUGAUUACUGUAUAUACAUGCAAUAGUAUUAGGAAUAACUUUGUUCAAGACAGAAAUGGCAUGGUGCAUGAUAAGCUACAGUAUUGGCUAUUUCGGCCAGCCUAUAUGAAGCUGCGUUCUGUACGUACCUUCUAAUGGGUUACCCAACGUUUUUGUUGGUCCAGGGCCUAGGACUAGGCCCUGGCUAGGUUUUGUUGGUCAGGACUUGGCUGAGCCUGAGGUCGGAGGGACAUUUAUAGGGAAUAUACAACUACAGCAGCUGUACCUGAAAAAUACAAGCAAAACUUCGUAUAUAAAUUAAAUUUAAAAAAAUUAAAUUUUAUUUAAAUUAAAUUUUUUAAAUUUUUUUUUUUUUUUAAAUUUUAUUAAAUUUUAUUAUUAGAUAUCCAUCUUUGGCAUAUAGAAAUACAAUGGAUUUACAAGUUAAAAAUAUUAUACUAAAAUACAUAUAUAACCUAUGAGAAUGUAAAACUUAGAAAGUUUAAAAAGUUUUAUAUACAUAUGUACAAUGAUCUAAUUUCAUGAGUUGGUUAAUCUACACGCCCUUGGGAUAAAAGACGUACUAUGCCUGUGUGUUUUUGAGAGCUGUCUUGGAGUGCUGUCUCUGGUCCUUCUCAGUUCGUAAGUGUGAUUCUUAUUACCAGAUAGGAAACGAUUACAUGGGUUGUUUGGGACUUCCACGAUCCUUUUCAGCUCGUUGCAUGUUGCCUUGUCCCUUCUUUCUUUUAGUGUAGGGAGGGUAUCUUUCUCCAAUCCUAGGAUUCUCAAGCUUCUUUGUUGAACACGUUCAAUUUCUACUUCAAGAUAUUUAGGGAUUCCACCCCAAACUGGAGAGGCGUAUUCAAGUAUUGGCCGGAUCUUCGACGUAUAUGUUAAUAAACCAAUCUCGGGUGGUAGGAAGGAUUUCCUACACUCUCUGAGAAGGAAUAAUAGCUUAUUUGCUCUUUUUGUUAUUUUACAAACAUGGGUAUUCCACUUUAAAUCAUUUUGCACCCAUACACCGAGAAGUUUGAAGGAGUUUACUCUUUCUAUUUCAAUUCCAUCCGUUUGUAUAGGUGGGGGUUCAGGAGAGGAUUGGGAAAAACUGAUCCACAUGUCCUUAGUUUUUUUGGGAUUCACCACCAUUUUAUUAUCAUUGGCCCAAUUCAUCACUUGAUUAGUCGAUUCCUGCAUGUUUGAAAGGGCUCCGUUUGCAACGACCUCAUAUAGUUCUUUCAUUUCCAUUAGCGCUAGAUUUUUGAUGGGCUCGGUUCCAGCCGUUUGGCAUCCAAGUCCAACAUUUUUCUUGUCUCUUUCAGAUACUACAUCCUCAAUCAGUUUGUCGACAUGCGAGAAUCAAGAAAUUUUGAAUUCAAAACUGGUGGUGGUGCUUAUCCUAUUCAUAUAUUACCAGAGGUUAGAUAACAAUCUUGUAAGAAGAGCGCAUGCCCAUGUUACCGCGAGCUCUCUACAAUUCUCAUGACAAUAGAGGGAGUGUGAAGAAGAGUAUCGUUGGUUAAGAAGCAAUUUUUUUCAAUGUCACGUAUUUGCAAUGAAAAGUGUUCAAAACCUAAAAUCUUUUUGGCGUCCCUCUCAAAAUUACUUUGUUUUAGCUUUAUUCUCUAGUUUAUAGAGUUGCCUACCUUAUUUUUAAAUGCAUCUGCCGGUUGAGAAACAUAAAAUAAUAGUUAAAAAUUGUCAAUUAAAAUACAAUUAUCAAUGAUGCUUUAAAAUUGAUGCCAUAUUUACAGCCAUAUAAGCAAAACUUACUGAACUUCAGACAUCAUUUUCUCUUUGGCGUAUCAUCUAAAAUCUCUUCAUUUUAGCAUUAUUUUGCAGAUAAAGCACUAAACAUACUUUUUAAGUUUGUUUGCCGAUUAAACGUAUCGAAAAAUUUUGAAUUUAGUCAUAACCUCAAGCGAUAUAUUAUACGCAUUAGUUUUGAGCGUGUGUUACGCAACAUACAAAAAAAUCUCCUCUUAAUGUUAUUUUUUAUUUAUUAUACGAAGGCAGAAUGGACCUAUUCCCUAAUGAACAAAAUUUUGAUCUUGACAAGUCUAGACAACCAUUUCACCACAGCUUGAAAGAGCAUCACAACAUUAGUAAUAUUCCGAAGUUUCGUUGCGAAAUGUUGUAAAAUGCGGAUAAUUUAGCCCUGCGAAGUUUGCCGUUUUUCAGUCAUUUUGUAUUACGCGCGGGAAAUCGAUACCUUUUUUCAGAAAGCGGUAUCAAUUUCCUGUGCGUAAUACAAAAUGACUGAAAAACGGCAAACUUCGCAGUGCUAUAUUAUCCGCAUUUUACAACAUUUCGCAAGGAAACUUCGGAAUAUUACUAAUUUUGUGAUGCUCUUUCAAGCUGUGGUGAAAUGUUUGUCUGGACUUGUCUAGAUCAAAAUGUUAUUCAUUAGGGAAUAUAUAGGUCCAUUAAUAGCGUUACCCACCACCGGAUGGCGAUGUACUGUAAAUCAUAUUUAUUUUUAUACAGCACAUCAGAAAAUAUGGUUCAGCCUUUCUUAACUGUGAUGGUGGAGUUUUGAUUGCUGGAAUUUUAGACAAUGGUAAUUGAUUCUUGACUAAUUAGCAGUGAUUACAGUAUAUGUACAAUAAGUUUGAUUUUGAAAGACUAUUCUUGGCGGAAUUUGCAUAUAUCCCUUCGUCCCGGCUCACUAUUCUUUUCAUAAACUUUUUAACAUAUCAAGUAUUAUAUACAGUAACUAAUACAUUUUCUCCUUACUGCAUGCAUGCCUAAUCCUUUUUUCUUUGUAUGGCGUUUGUCAUGGAAUCAACGUGAAACUAAAACCAUUAUAUAUAUAAUUAUAUAUCUGUUCAUAUACCUCAGACACAACCCAAAUUGGCACCAGGCUAAUUUUUACCUCACUCUAUCAUUUUUAUAGGCCUAGUUAAAGGCAUUUUUUGCGAUCGCAGGAUGCAAGACAGAAUUCGUUCAACUGUAGAAAGAGAAAUGUCUGAAUUUUAUCCGCCUGUUCAUAAAAACUUAUACAGGUACAAUAUGCACAUUAGUGUUUUCUACUAUAUCCUGUAUCCUCUUUUAAGCUGCAAUUCUAUCUAGUGUAUUGUCCAUGAAGUUCCCUAAUAUUAGGUUCUAGGCCAAUGCACCUAGUAAUACCUGCAGACAUUGUUCUUGCUUAAUGUAAAGUGAAUGAAGAAUACAGCUGAACAUAUCUGAAUUUCUAUUUUAUAGCGUGUAUUUUAUUCCAAUAUUUGACCGCAGACUAGGACAAUACCUCGUUAACAUACAAGUGGUUGAGAUUGUGUUUAAAGGAGGAGAACCGCUGGCAUUGUACGAAUGUGGUCGUCACAUGGUAUGUCAAAUUUGGCAUGGGCAGUGUAUAUUCUUACAGAAUGUGCCCAAUAAGCAAGCUGAAACGUCCUACAGCAUGCUUUUAUUUUCAUUACAAGAAUGUCUACUCCCACAUAAUCUCUAUACACAUCACGAUCUACACCUCAAAAACGAGUACGCGUAUACUAUAUAUACAGUUUAAAAAUCAUUAAUAAUUCACGAGGAAAAUACAAAAGAAAUGAAUGUUUAAUCAAUGUUUGUAAAUCGGAUAAAGAUUUGUCCUGAUUUACAUAAACUUCAGCUUUGAUUUUCUCGGCUUAGACAAAUGAAUGUUUAUUUUUAAGAUUACUUCGCCAAUGAACUCAUAAGAUGGUACGGCUCGAGUUUGUAUAUCAGAUACAGAUCGGCUGCUCAUGUUUUAUCUAGUACUUAGUAGUUAUACCAGGCCUAUCGGUAGAUAAAAGAUUUUGUGUAAACCAAUUUAAGACUCCCUGCCAAGCUACAGGUUUCACUGUUUCUAAUACUGUAGUGUGCUGUUCUACAACCAUCAAUCUCCACAUAUGGCAAAUUAUUUAAAAAACAGAAUUGGAAUUUUAAAAUAAGCAAGUUUUAUUUCAAUAUAAUGUAAGAUGACAAAAAUUUUCUGCAUGUGAGAAACUUUACUACGAAGAUAUUUUAUUAAGAAUUUCCUGCUGCUGGCGCUGCCUGACAUUUUACAGCACUGCAUGUCAGUUAUUAAGGCCCGGUCACACUACACAACGAUAACGAUACGAUAAAUUGUAAACACGCGAUAAUUGUCAAAAAAAUUGUGUUAGUGUCCACACAACAACGAAAAUGAUAAAAUUAUCGUUAGACGAUAACGAUAACGAUUUUAAAAUCGCUGACCUGAGUGAUUUUUUUUUUCAGUCGGACGAUGACCAAUCAGCGCGCGUAUACAAGUUAUCGUAUCGUUAUCGUUGUGUAGUGUGACCUGGGCUUUAGUACAACCCUGUGACGAUUCAAACCUCAUCCCCAGGCUUCAAUGGGCAUUAGAUCGAGCGACUCGCGGCUGAACACCCAGAGUGUUUUAGUUGUAUAUGUUUAUUUUUCAGGUAUAUUUGAAACGUGAAGGCAGUGUAGACGGCCCGCUAUCUCCUUUACGUAUCAAGGAUAUUGUGCUACGUAAAUAUCGCUCGGUACGUUAAUUAUUCUCCUUGGUUUGCCUUUGAAGUAACUUUUACUAAUUUUGAGUACAAACUUAAUGAGUACUGAUAAAUGAUAUUUUCGUCCACACAGGUUUUGGCAGAACGACGUGAACAAAAUGUUACAUUGCUGUCACCUUGAUAUAAGUUGCGAAUACUCUGAGAGGAGAUGUGAGGAUUAUACUAAACUCCUAUAUUUACGUGCCCGCAUGGUUUAUGGUAGGACGGCACAAUAUAUAGUACACUGACAGUCUACUAAACACAUAUGUUAUAUGCUAUCACAAUACGGUGAUAAAACUCGAAGACUCGUGAGUUAGGAACGAACUAUUAGUAUUAUAUAUUUUUAUACAGAAACAGAGUUAUGUUGUAAAGAUUGUUUGGAAUAUCUUAAAUUGUUAAUAUUGAAUACAUUGUUUUGUUUUUUUGACUAUUUGCUAUAUUAAAUAUACAGUACAAUAUGUGGC